UUCUCCCGUCGCCGCCGCCGCCGCGCCCUUUCUCAGUGGUUCAGCCACUCUGCUCAGUGCUCACCGCCACAGGUAGGCUACGACCGGGGAGCCUUAAAGGGAACACACGGUGGAAUAAACCACUUUUGUUGGUGGAAGACGGACCCUUUUAGAAACAUCUGGAAUGGAGAAGCACUAGUAAUAGAGCAGCAGUAUACCGGGAAGGUCCAGAGUCUCAGACCAGCCAACACCAAAGGCUUAUCCUCAACUCCUGCAUCCUCGCUUCCUACCAUACAAUGGUGUGCCGGUGUUCCACCUAGAUAGGGUCACUAUCUAAAAACCUCCCCCGUCAAACCCUACCCUUUCUGAGGUCGGACCGGCCUCCACAGGGCCUGCCUGGGCCACUCUCUCCCCGCCUUAAUCCCAUUUCUCUCAGCUCAGCCUCCCCCCACCCCCCCUUCAGCACAUCAUGUUGAUGGACAGGACUGAGGGGGACGUCAGCGGUUGCUACUACAACCGCUCGGUCAAGUUCUUCUACGAAGCGAGCGGCAAGAACAUCAGCGACCACUGGCGUAGUCGGGACUACGUCAUCGUCAGCCUGGGCAUGUUGGUGUGCUUCAUCGUCAUCCUCUCCAACUUGUUGGUCAUGUUAGCCAUCUUCGUCAACCGCCGCUUCCACUUCCCCAUCUACUACCUGCUGGGCAACCUGGCGGCCGCUGACCUCCUCUCAGGGAUCUCCUACCUCCACCUCAUGUUCCACACGGGCCCCUGGACCAGCAAGCUGUCCAAGUACCAGUGGUUUGUGCGCCAGGGGCUGAUCGACACCAGCCUCACGGCCUCCGUGGUCAACCUGCUGGCCAUCGCCGUGGAGCGCCACCAGACCAUCUUCACCAUGCAGCUGCACAGCAAGAUGACCAAUCGCCGGGUGGUCAUGUUGAUCAUCGGCAUCUGGCUGGUGGCCAUCCUCAUGGGCCUGGUGCCGACCAUGGGCUGGCACUGCCUGUGCGACCUGGAGAACUGCUCCACCAUGGCGCCCAUGUACAGCCGCAGCUACCUGGUGUUCUGGGGCCUGCUCAACCUGCUCACCUUCACCAUCAUGUUGGCGGUGUACCUGCGCAUCUUCCUGUACGUGCGCCACAAGAGCCAGCGCAUGUCGCAGCACACCAGCCAGGUGCGGCACAAGGAGACGGUGGUCAACCUGAUGAAGACCGUCUCCAUGAUCCUGGGCUGCUUCGUGAUCUGCUGGACACCCGGCCUGGUGGUGCUGCUGCUGGACGGCCUGGGCUGCGACAGCUGCAAGGUGCUCCGCUACGAGAAGUACUGCCUGGUGCUGGCCGAGUGCAACUCCUUCGUCAACCCCAUCAUCUACUCCUUCAGGGACAAGGACAUGUGGCGGACCUUCAAGCGCAUCCUGUGCUUCCCGUGUCGGCGGGGCCGCGUCGGGGAGUCGGCGGCCCGCUUCACCAGCAUGGAGCAAGAGCCUCUUAAGGGUCAAGGUACUACAUUGACAGAGUUGAAGAACGGAGCCUCCAAAAGUGUCCUAGGAUCCAAAGACGCCCUGGACUCCUCGGAGAAUUAGCGUUCACCUGAAUCAAGAACAUUUGCCACUUCAUUUUGUAUCAUAUUUUAUCUGUAUGUUUUUUUUUGUAUUGCUCAUUAUGAAUACAUUAUAAAUAUUUUUUAUUGUCUUUCAUAAUGUUAUUACCUAGAAAGCAUAGUGCAGGUCAAUAUUUGAUUGCAUUGUAAAAGUUCAUGUAUCAUCUUAGUGUUUGGAAUUCUAUUUCUAUGUGUGCAGUAAACAAGGCAAAAAAUAGUAGGGCUUGAAUCAGCCUUGUAUUUAUAGUCAUCCAAUGACGGCAGGGUUCAAUUUGAGACCAAGAGUUUUAAAAUGUUCACAAUCAAAGGCUGAAUCCAUGUAUAACUUGUAUUUCUUUGAGUUGUUGCACUUUUUUUUUUUCUUAAUCCAAGGGUACUCUGAAGGAGGGGGUGGGGUCGUUUUAGAACUAUCGUUUUGUUCUCUUGGUUUGCAUGUGCACAUCAAAUCAAUCUCAUAAUGUUAAUAUAUAUUUAAAGAUCUGACCUUUGAACUGCAACCUUUAAACCCAGUAGACAUGAUGGCAAUGUGGGUUGAAUCCCAACGUUGAAUUUGCAUGUUUAACCCAUAGAAACUGACCUAUCAUUAAACGCUUGAUACCUGCAAAUGUCUUAAAUCUGGGGGGGUGUGGCUGAUUUAAAAGGCUGCAAGUCUAUUGGAUGCUAUAAAUCCAGAAAUAGGGGAGGGGAGUUGGGAUGCUCUGAUCAAUGUUCCAUUGUGUACCUGAGAUUACAAUGCGAAAGGUCGGGGAGGACCUUUGUUGGAAAGUAAACCACCCUUAGUCCCCUUCUCUUUUCCACUCCCUUCAUCAUUCCCGUCCUUCCGUCUUGUUGGUAGAUGCUUGAAUACAGAGUCCUUCGGAAUGCUGUUGCCAAACGAUUUGUUGCUCUUCUUCUUGCCCUUCCCAUCCAAUGAGAGCCAGCUCUUGAAAGGGCCCUCCCUCUUUUGCUUCUUCUGCUUCUUUGGCCCCCAGCCGUGUAGCGUGAGAAGGCUGUUGUUGUUUUUCUUCUUCUUCUUUGGUGUCUUAAUGUUCAGCGCCCCCCUCAGCACGCUCAAGGCCCUGAACACAGCCGGCUUGUGUUUCUUCUUCUUACCGAACAACACACUGCGCGACGACGAAGCUCCCAUCGCGUUCACACACCUGGCAGGAACGAUCAGGAUUGAGUGUGUUAACUGGAGUUGUUUCCUAUUCAGAUAAACUUGGACUGACACUUUCUGUCUUCUCCUCUGAGAUGGUGGAAAAUAAGCAGCUCUGCUUCCUAUAGCUCAUGUAUUUAUCAUAUUGAUUUACAGUUUUUCUCAAUCGUUUAAACACGUUUUCUGAAACUAUAGCUCAAUUUCUCAAAACUCUAAACACAAACCUGAGAAGAGUUAAUAAUUUUGUCAAAACUCCACAAAUUCUUCUCAGAACAGAUUUUUUCCACCAAACAAUAAACACAGCAAUCAAAUUAAUAUCUCUUAGAGAGCAUCAAUUAAACACUGGUGUGAUCAAUUCAAAACACUUCCAUCAAAAUACUAUUUACAUAUGUUUUGAUGAGGCCUUGUUACAUAUUCCAAUGUAUACAAUUGUUUACGAAUAGCUUUUUUUUUAAAAGUUGCAAUUAAGUGGUACAUAGUAUAAAGACUUUUGCCAUAUUGUUAUACAAUACUGUGAAUAUAUCAUAUAAAUAUUGCAUUGACACAAUCGUAUCAGAAUAUGGGCUAAACUCACAAUCCCAGCUUCCCAGAGUCAUACUGUACACCUAUAGUUGAAACUGCAACAUUGUUCUGACAAUACACCAAUGUUACCUAUUUUGGCAAAUUACAGUACAGUAAUUGCACUGAUAAGAAAAAUCCAAAACCCUACAGUAAGAAAAUGUUUAGACUGUCUUUCGGGGGAUGUAAUGAUGAAAUCAGUACAAAAAGGUAACAAAGCAUUUUUUUCUUUUACUGUAAUACAGAAAAAUGUUCAACUGAACUGACUACAUAAAAAGCUUUUCGUAGGCCAAAAUGAAAUAAAAAGAAGAAUAUAAAUGAGGUGAAACAGAUCUACAUGUAAAUCAGUCUGUCUCUGACCUCCGGUCCUGAUCAGGCCAGAAGACCAUAUCUACAACACAGUAGAGCUCCCAUGAGGCCUCUUUUGUGCUCUGUAAUGUAAUAAUUAGAAUGUGCUACUCCAAAUUACACACGUUAAAGACACACCUGUUGUCUCCUUGAAGUCCAUGAAGUAUGGUGGGUACUAUUUUCAGUGGUUGGUUGAGUUGCAGUCUGAGCCGACUUAUCCUAAAGGACCUGAUCUUGUGAAGCUUUUGAUAUUAAAUAACCGAUUUCUUCAGCUUACUCCGGGGCUGUAGGAACACAUUAACAGAGUUUAAAGUGGCUUCUUCCAGAUGGUAUUUUCAGAUCUGACUUAAUAGUCAACCAAGGAAGACUGAAGUACACAAGACUGGUUCGUAGGCAUUCCGUACCUCAUCGUUUCGCUUUAGGGCUGCUUCUCCCCAGCUUAGUAUUCACAUGCUUCAUUUAGGACUAUACAUAUCUCACAGAAUAAAUUUUCAUUAUGGUGACUUAACAAAAUGUGUGUCCUUGUGUAUGUGUGUGAGUGACGUAAUAAAAACACUCACCGGUAUACUAUUUCACCCUUCACCCUGGAUGCUUCCCACAAUCCACUGCAGACCUGAUAUGCCGUUCCCUACAGUGAGUCCACUACACCACCUUGACCCUUGGCUCCAUGUUCAAAGUG